CUCGUGACUUGAAAGAUUCUCCUUGCGUUGUAUCGCCCAUAUAAAAUUAACUGCUUCCACCCUUAAAGCCACAAGACACCAUACGGUUUCCCUGGCUAUAUCGCCGCCGACUGUCACGAUCUUACCGCUACUUGAUACAGUAAUAGUCGGCUUGUGGUGCUGCCGCUAUCGUGGGGCAUCUUGGGUCCAACUAAUAUCCCCAUAGCCGCCUCAAGUUUUUAAUACCUGCCGCCCGUAGUUAAUAUCGCAGCACUACUCGUACCCUACGGUCAGACCAUUGGGUUUGUUAAAAAAAGGAAAGAAGAAAAAAAAAGACAAGAUCAACAACUUGGGUGGUGACUCACCCCUCUUUUUUGCCAUGGUGGAAGUUAUCCGUAUUUCGUCUCAGGGACAAUACCCGCCCAACACAAUGGAGGCAGAGAUGAGGGAGAUGUCGAGUCUGUUGACGUCGACAACCCUGAGCUCGGUCGAGGAAGAGCUGAAGAAGGACAUGUCGCGAAAGGAGCGGUCGAAAGAUGGCAGCGAACUAUACGUACCGCCUCGGCGAGCCUUCACGACGUCCAACUACCUUCUCCCGACGGCUCCUGUGUCGCGUGUCGCAACCCCCCUCGCCAGCCCACGGGAAUCGACGACAGACCGAGACUCGUACUUCCCGGCACCGUCAGUAGCGACCCUGCUCCACCGACUGCCGCAGCCGGCGCCGCCGAGAUCGUACUCGGUGAUGGACUACGAGCCGAUCCCGUUCACGCACCAGCCAGGGACGACGCUCCAACUCACGCAUCUGCCGGCCGAACUGCACUACGCCGUCUUCGACUUCCUCGACCCCAUCGACAGCGUGUGCCUGGCGCUGACGAGCCGCCACUUCUACGCCGUGCACUGGAAGAUGCACGGCAAGGUGUCGCUCGCGGCGCGGCGCGAAGGCCCCAACGACAUGGAGUGGGUGUGGCGGCACGCGGGGCCCUUCCUGCUGAACCGCGGCGGCGUCGGCGGCGGGCAUAACUCGCUCGCCAUGCUCUCUGUGCGCGGCCAGGUGUACUGCCGCAAGUGCCGCACCGCGCGCUGCGAGCUGCACAAACACAUCAAGGAGUGGAUGGGCCCGGGCCUCGAGUACUGCCUCGUCACGGAGAAGUUCGGCCCCGAGCCGCCCGCGUCCGCGAAGGCGUUCUGCUACCGCAGCUCGCCGAGACAUCCGAAUCGGUGCGGUCGCCACACGCGGAAUCAGCGGACGGUGCGCCUCGCUUGAUGACAGAGCAGAGUUUCAUCUUGGUCUGCGGCGCCAUCGGCUUCGCUUCGUGGCUUAGCUGUCUCGAGCAAGCGAGCACGGGGACUUGAGAAAACAUGUCCCGUCUUAUUUCGAUAUGAUCAGCAUGUGAUGUUUUUAGUGAUGGGUAUUUCAGUAUGGGCGCUUGAUAGAAAGUGCCAGGGAUAGAGCGAAGCGAAGCGUAUAGACCUAUUUUGUUUUUUUCCGAGAAUCAUACGAUAGAUAGAAAGGGAAGAGAACAUCAAGGGUCGGAUAGAACUUCUAGCAUGGGACGAGCAUUUCGCCACCGAAUAGGAUCGGGUUUUUAGAAUAUCCAUGGUUACGGCAUGUGGCAUUUAGUGGCCGUUUCUUUUUUUGUCUAUUUUCAGAUACCUAUCCAUAGAAAAGGAACCCAGGAGGGUGCCCUUAAUAGACCUACACCGCGCUUUUGAGACAACGACAUCUUGACAGUUUCUUCACCA